AUUUGUGAGGUGCUCGAGCUGAAUGCACAAAGCAUUUACCAUCUGAGACGUCGUCUACGACAUGCUCGAAAUGCAAGGGCUGCGUCUCGUUUGCAAAUGUUACUCGGAGCUUUGGGUUACUUCAAACAACGUUUCGAUUUCCAGUUGAAACUUCUUCUGACGGUUUGUGAUUGUAAAUCGACGAAAUCCGAUAAAAUCGCGAAGAUCUGUUGCUGCGUUGAAGAUGCACUCACGGAGUAUAUGCGUGAGGUGUUGUAA